GUGAGGAAGGAUAUAUGAGCGGAGAGCAUACUGUGCCAAAACAAAAGAAAAAACCGAAAGGCUGAAAGCAAGCCAAACCCAGAAACCAUUUAAUGGCUUUCUUUUGCUGACUGGAAUUCUUUACAGAAGUAUCUGUCUUUUUAACAGCUAACUGGAAGCUAUGCACCAUUCUUCUGUGGUUUCUGGUAUAUGAAAGUAUAACUGCACAGAAUGGGAGGUUGUUGCUGUUCUUCCAGAAAAGCUCAUCUUCAUGGAGCACCAGUGUAUUUCUAUUGUUCACCAGCUUUAGAAGAUGAAGAGUCUUUAACAUCCCGUGAUGUUGCAGCCUCUACAAUAACUGCCGGACUUCUAGUCAAUUUGGCUCUGGAAACAUCAACUCCAGACACUUACAGAUCCCCUCCUACACCCCUGCCAUAUGAUAUGGUCUUCGGAUGCCCACAAUCAUCCGAUUCUGAUUCAGUCAGAGAAACAAAUAGUUGUAGUAGUUUUGAAACUUCUACAUGUGGAGAUCUUGAGGAAUCAGACUGCAAAGUUCAAAAAAAUUCUUUACCAAUCUCACCAAAGAAAUUUAAACUUUCAAAAUCCAAUGAAGCUAAUGUUUUAGCGGAAGAGGAUGAGGAUGUUUGUCCAAUUUGUCUUGAAGAGUAUGAAAAAGAUAAUCCAGAUUUCACCACAAAGUGCGAUCACCACUAUCACCUGUCCUGCAUUCUUGAGUGGAUGGAAAGAAGUGAUGCCUGUCCUAUAUGUGAUCAGGAACUGGACCGUACCUAUAGUUUGUAGCUCCUUACUGCUCCUGUGCUUGGGGUCAAAGAUGCAAGUUCAGUAGAUCGUAGCUGCAUAGUAGUGUAAUUGCUGGUGUGCAGAUUCAUAAUCAGGUUGUCAUGCUUACCUUGAAGGUUGAACUGAUUCUCUAAAGUUAGCUGUUGUAACGGAUUGGUUAAGUGUCCUCCUUUCGUUAGAGAUUGACUCGUAGUUCUCAGAAAGGGCUGUGCAUUGGUGAGUUGGGAGCAAUCAAAAAUUUAAACUCAAGGCCACGAAAAGCAGAGAAUCAAAUGAGUUAAUGUCAGUGCUGCCUUCAGUGUUGGGAUGCUACAUCUCUUCUGUAUAUACCUAGUUUGUUGUGACAUUCUGCCUUUUCUAUCUGUUGUUAUACGCCCCCAAAAAGUUGUUUUGUGCUCUGCUGUAGUUAGUUUGUACAUAACAUGUUUCUGGGUUAAUUUGAUUAGGCAAUGCUAGUCACUCUUCUA